AAGUUAAGUUAUAGAAUUCCCAAAAAUGAAGUUAUAAAUCUCUUUCUUGAAUUGUUCCUUCCUUGUCUCUCAUACUAUGUAAUACUAGUUCUCUGAUCACCAUUUUCAAAGAUCUGCCGACUUUUUUUUCCUCCUCCAUGUUCGAUUCCUUGGCAUGGCUAGACGAACCCAUACAACAUCACUAGGCUGCAUAGCUUGCGAUGAGCUAACCGAAUUAGGUGCAGGCAAAGAAUCAUGGCUUGUUGAUAACCCUUUUCUUCUUUCUGCUCUCGAUACUCAUUCUCUCGCUCUUUCUGACAAAUCCUUAAUCCUUAUUCUUGGAUGGUCUGAUGACCCUUUUAAUAAUUCCAUAGUUAAGAUCCAUCCUGAUCUUUCACCAAUUAAUGCUGAAUACAUUACUGCCAUUGAAUGGCUUGUUUUUGAUGAUAUUCGUGUUCUUGCUAUUGGUACUUCUUCUGGGUAUUUCUUGAUUUAUUCUUUGGAUGGUGGAUUGAUCCAUAAACAGAUAAUAUAUCCUGCAAGGAUUCUUAAGCUUCGCGUUCGUGGUACAAAGAAAGAUAAUGCACACGAUAUUUCAAAUGAGGAGGUUUGUGUUGUUAUGGAUGGAGUGAUUGCACGUUUUGAUGGAUCUGAUUUGCAGAAUAUGCUGCAACGCUGGUUCCAAGAAACACAAACCGACUUUUGGGAUCUAAAAAGGAAGAGGAGAGAAUUGGAUGAUUUUGAGGAUUCAUUUGAGAAAGUUCCUUACCAGGUUUGGAGUGUCAACAAAUAUGGAGCUUGUGCUGAUGCAGCAAUCACUGGCAUUAUGCCACCACCUUUGAUGGAACUUGAGUCAAGCCAUCGCUAUUAUCGUGCAGUAACAAUCGGCAGUGACGCUGUCAUUUCAGCAUACAGGCUUUCGGAAGACAAGAACAGAUCUCUUGUUGGUGCUAUCCUAUCAAAAGUUGUUCCUGCAACAUUUUCAACCAUAGCUUCAUUCUCCAAAUUGUUAUGGAGGAGUGAUAAAUCAUUACCAAAGAAGAUCGAGCCAAAGCCUCAGCCAUUUGCUCGAGCUGCGUCUUUGACUUGUUUGAAAGAUCCGCCUAGAAAAGGCGAGAAGCUGACCUUGUCACCUAGUGGUACAUUGGCUGCUAUUACAGAUUCACUUGGCCGUAUAUUGCUUUUGGACACUCAAGCCCUUGUCGUCGUGCGAUUAUGGAAGGGAUAUCGUGAUGCCAACUGUCUCUUCAUGGAGAUGCUGGUUAAUAAAGACUCUGUUUCAACUUCUUACCACGAGCACAGGAAGAGCGAUUAUUCCUUGUGUCUUGCUAUUCAUGCCCCUAGAAAAGGGAUUAUUGAGGUAUGGCAGAUGAGAACCGGUCCACGAAUACUAACAAUUCAAUGCGCGAAGGGAAGCAAGAUUCUUCAGCCGACAUAUAGAUUCAGCUCGUCUUUGGCAUCCUCUUCAUCGUACGUGCCAUUGGAGGUCUUUUUGUUGAAUGGCGACUCGGGUCAAUUGUCUGUCAUAAAUAGAUCACUUCACUAAUUUGAUUGUUUUACGUUCUUUUGUAGUUUUCAUUAAGUUGUAAAAAGCGUAUGUAUGCGUUUAAAAAUACGCACUAAAUGCGAGUCCAAUUGAUCAGAGAUUUGAGAUUUUAGAGCAUCCGUUUGUGGAUAUUAUCGACUUUAAAUUGUUGGUAUUAAGACUUUGACAUUGCUGGUACUAAACAUUCAUUUUGUCA